GCUGAAGCUACUUGAGCCUUGAUGAUGCCGUGGGAGUCCAUUAGGGAAAAAAGGUAGGAAAGCAAAACAGGUUGGUGUAAACAACAGGCGUUGAGAAGGAACGGAGUAGCGCUACAACCCCGCCGCCUUCUGUUCCCGUCAUGCCUCGAGAAUGGAGCGCCGAUCGUGUGUGUGUGUGCGCGCGCGCGUGUGCAUGAGGACACACACUACUUCACUUUUAGUCCCCGUGUGUGUAUGUGUGCACUUGUUGUAACCGGUGUGGCACGGAUGCUUAAGAAAGAAAACCCUGCCGAAAAAAGGACUAGAUUAGUUGACGGUUGGGAUUAAACGGUUUGGAGCUGAAAUUAUGUGAUGUUUCUUUCAAAAAGGUCUGACUGAGAGUUGUGUUCAUCUUGCGUUUGGCUGUAUCUCACCCAUGACAUAUCAGGCAUGACCCUUCACAGCACAGAUAAACCUGCAUCUUUCAGCCUUUAACCUCUGGUUAACACUACAGCAACAGGUUGAAUGCAACGAAACACUGCACGGAGCUGAACAAUGCAGAUUUAAAACAGCAACAUCUAAAAGAGCAUAAGAUGGACGAAAUAGAUUUGGCCAAAGUCAAGAACAUGCCAGAGGAUUCUAAUGUCCUGUCUGCAUAUUCCGCUGACACCAUCAAUCUUGACGAUGGUCGUUAUAACUCACUGCGUGAAGAUCUGGAGGCCGAUGCUCGGGACUUUGAAGCUCCCACUUGGAGUUUAGCAGUUGACCAGCAGUAUUUAAAAGCCUACUCCAAAGAGGCAAUUAAAAGACAAGACGUAAUACAUGAACUGAUUCAGACAGAGAUAAAUCAUGUGCGGACACUGAAGCUAGUUUUGGGUGUAUACAUGCGGGAACUGCACGAGACCCUGCAAAUGGAUGAGACCCGGCUGGAGAGGCUCUUUCCGCAGGUGGAUAACUUGCUGCAGGUGCACCAGCACUUUCUCAAUCACCUUAAACAGCGGCGAGUGGACUCCAUGGAGCCAGGCAGUACCCAGAAUUACUGCAUCCACAGAAUAGGAGACAUCCUUAUCGCACAGUUCUCAGGUGAAAUGAGAAACAAACUGCAAUACUGCUAUGGAGUGUUCUGCAGUCACCACAAUGAUGCAGUCAACUUCUACAAAGACUUAAUGCAAAACAACAAGAAGUUCCAGAACUUUAUACGAAAAAUAUCUCAGCUUUCCAUCGUACGAAGAUUAGGUAUACCAGAGAUUAUUCUCCUUAUAACACAACGCAUUACAAAGUAUCCAGUUCUGAUUGAGCGUGUCAUCAAAAACACUGAAGUUGACUCAGAAGAGCACAGGGACCUGGUACAAGGUCUGGAUCUUCUGAAGGAAACAAUAUCUCAAGUGAAUACUCAUGUGGAUGAGUUUGAGAAGGCGAUGCGGCUGAGGGACUUAAGCAGUAAAUUGGAACCCAAGUCUCAGGUCAAGAGGUCUCAUGGACAGGUGUUCCGAAGAGAGGACAUGAUACAGGAAGAGAGGAAGCUGCUUCAUGAGGGAAUGCUCAAUUGGAGACUAGCGUCUAACAGAAACAAAGAUGUCCUUGUCCUGCUGUUAUCAGAUGUUCUGCUGUUGCUACUGGAAAAAGAUCAGCGACUUACAUUUGCCUCUCUGGACGGUAAGUCUGCAGUGAUCUCACUGCGGAAGCUCAUAGUGCGGGAAGCGGCUCAUGACGAGAAGGCCAUGUUUUUGAUCUCUGCCUCUAAUGACACUCCAGAGAUGUACGAGUUUCACACUUCCUCCGGAGAGGAGCGUAAAACUUGGAGAAACCUAAUCUGGAAGGCUGUGGAGUGCUGUCCAGAAGAAAAGGUGGAGGAUCCAGAAGAACUCUCUGAGAGGAUCAGGGACUUUGAAAGGAAGCUGUGCAUGACCGAUGCCUUGAUAGAGCAGCACCUCAUAGAGAAGCUGAAGUUAUUUGCCAGCAUUGCAGCCUACGUGACAGGUGUUGAAGACUUCUCACCAACUGAGUGCCGUCUGCUGUGUGGGAAUGCACCAGAGCCCAUGCAGGGGGAGCAGCUCCUCACUGGAGCCUUAAGAGAUGUGGAGCUUUUACAAAACUUGCUGGUAGCAUGUGAGCUGGGCCAAACUCCUCAAACUGGUGAGGGAAUGGAUCUGGUGCCUUUACCCAAAAGACCUGAUACUUUCACAAGCUUUGACAGCAACCCCUACAUGCUACCUGGAAAUGGUGUCAUGGAAAGAAUGAGGGAUAGAAACCAGUGGGCUAGUUCAGACCCUCAGCUCAGAGAGCUUUAUCCUAGUGAGACCAUGGAGUUUUCGGCAGACGAGGAGAUCUCUCUACAGAGCUGGAGUGCAUAUCUGUCAGUCUUCUUUCCUAAAGCCGAGCUUUAUGACACUGUAACAAACCUGUCUCAGAAACUUUACAGCCUUCAGUCAGUUGUAUUGCGAUUGGAGAGUCACAUUGAAGUGCAGCGCGCCACUGUUGAAGAGCUGAUGUCCCGACCGAGGGGCAACUCCCUCCUGGAGCAGGAAAAAUAUCGGAACUUGGAAAAACAGCGUGAGGAGCUGGCCAACUUCCAGCGGCUCCAGAACCAGCACAGGCAGGAGCGGGCUCAGUGGGAACAGGAACGAGAGAGACAAAGAGUGGAGGCGGAGAUGAAGGAAAAUCAGUUGAGGGAGAGAGAACUAGAAUGCAGCAAGCAGGAGGAGCAGCUAGCUGAGGAGAGACAGAAACUGACCAUGUGCAGAGAGGACUACCAGCAGGAUCUUGAGAGGCUCAGAGACUCCAUGCGUGCCAUGGAGAAGGAGAGAGAGAAGCUGGAGCAGCUGCAGAAGAAGUAUAAGAAGAACGAGAACAUUCCCGUCCCUGCAAACUUUGCUCUGGAGAAUGAACAGAUACUUCCCCCCUACCCCUUAUUUAAUGUGGUUCCUCCUGGCUUCGAUGAGAGGCCUCCCCUGGUACCACCACGCAGGGAGAGCAUCACUGUGCAGACCAUUAAGACAGAAGUCCCCAUCCAUCUCAUUAGCACUACCAACCAGUCACACAAAGCCAGCUCCGUCCAACAGAAGAUCCCCACCAAGUUGGCCGCCAAGCCAAAAGGCAAGGAGAAACACAGCAAGCACAAGCUCUCCCACCAGAGCACCAACAGUGCUGCUGGUAUAGAGGUGUCUCAAGUACUUCCAAUCAACGUUGCAGGAAAGGAAGGAGGUAGUUUGAGAGCCAUGAGAUCCAGCAGCCCCCACAAACUCCAUCCAGAUAUUUUUAUCCAACCAGAGAAGUUAUCCCGCUCUGUACCAACUCAUUCAACAAACACAACCAGGAAGCAUAACCUCAGCGCACACAGCCACAGCAUGCACACUACCCUCCCGGGGCACCUCAAAACCAAAGACAACACGACUGCAGAAGACAUUUUUUUCUUUUAGUGUCCCAUGGGAUCUACAGACUACAUCAAGGAUGCACAUAGAUUGGUAUUUCGCUAACAUGACUUGUACGCUUGUGUUAUGGGAUACUUGCAUAAGCACAUUUUAAGUAACAAUAUCAUGCAGAUUGGGAACCGAUUUCUGUUUUUACUGUGUUUUUUUUUUUUUAACAGUUAAAUUGGAAAAACAUAUAUGGGGAUAGUAAAAAAAAAAAAAAAAAAGCUGAUUUAGGAGGAAUGAUCCUUCUUAUGGAGGUCCUUAGCAGUCUAUUGCAUCUGUUUAUGGUCGCAUGUCACUGUUGAAACAAUUUGUGUGUCUUAAAAACCAGCAGUUACAACAGUGCAUGACUUAAAAUCUUUUCAGCUGUGCAUUGCAGAACUCUCUUUCUCUUAACUUGACAUUCCUGUAAAUAGCUGUUUUAUUAGUUAUUUAUAUACUACACUGGAAUGUCUUUGCAUUCCUUCAUGUUAUCAAGAGUAUCUCAGAUGUGACAUUUAAAAACUUUUUGGUGAAAUGUAAAUUAACUUUUGAAGUUUCCCUCCAGUCUCUGCACAGAUUGAACUAUCUUUUAAAUAAUGUUGCAUUCCUGUCCACUGGAAAAUACUGUUAUAAGGAGAAAAUAUUUUAUAGUGUUUUAGAAAAAAGUAGCCUUGAUUUAUUCAUGAUUUACUAAUUGUGUCCAUUGACGGUUGCAUGUUACUCAUUUUUAUUUUUCCCCUCAUUCCGGUUCCAUUGAGCUGGAACAUGGCAUAGCUUCACUGGAACAUAUUUUGUUUUAUCCUAAGAAAUGCAAAUAACACUGUCUUAACUGGAAUCUGUACAUUGUAAAUAGUUAAUAGCAAAUACAGCCUUACUGAGAAAGUAAAAUGUUGCACUUUUCAGUGCUUGUCAUUUGCGUAAUUACAUGAACAAACAUCAAACCUGUAUACUCAGUUUUGCUCAUUUUUUU